AAGCCCUCCCCUCCCGAUCUGAGGUCUCAAGAAGCCAAUAAUAGUCUAAGUGUAUCUUUUUUCAUUAGAGAAGGACAAUGGGUAUGGCAUGUUCCUAGACUAAGGUAUUACUUCACGAAAAAAUCAGUUGAACUCAUUUGUAAGAUGGUAGUUCCCAUACUACCGCAACAAGAUAAACAAAUUUUGCAUUUCACAAAAAAUGGGUCUUAUUCGGUUAAAACAGGCUAUAAUCUUGCUUUGGAAAAUAUCUUGAUAGCUAGUCGGAAAUCAGUGGCUCAUAUAAUAGACCCUCCUAUUUGGUAAAGUACUUGGGCGCUUGACAUCCCACCUAAGCUAAAGUUCUUUCUAUGGCAAUGUUUGAAAGUAGUUCUUCCAACAAUGGUGGCCCUUAGUUCUCGUGGAAUUAAUUGCCUUAUAUGUUGUCCAGUAUAAAAUACCUCAUUUUCCAUUGUCCACCUGCAGUUCAACUCUGGACUAUGGUAGGAUUAAGUGGUUUGAUUUUUUCUGCCCCAACCGAAAACUUUGGUAUCUGGUGGCGACAUAUUAUGACUUCAGACAGCUUCCAAAACCACUCUAUCCCCUGCAUUUGUCUUUUUUGGAGAAUUUAGAAAUCCAGAAAUAAAGUGGUCUUUGAAUUCACUCAACCACUAGCCAGCUCUCUUGCCCGUCAAAUCUUUUUCCAAGUUCGUGAAUACUCCUUAGCCUCCCUCCAGUCCCAGAUUCCACCACCUCGCCAAGCGCAUUCCCAUGUCGCCACCUAGGUAUGCCCUCCUGAAGGUUUCAUCAAUAUAAACUUUGACUAUGCUGCUUGUAUUUCAGGCUGCUCGUCCAGCCUCGUUCUUCGAGGGACAGACGGGCAAGUUUCUUUGGCCUUGGGGUUUUAACAUCCGGGAGUGUCGAAUCCUUAUCUUGUAGAGAUGCUUGCGGCCAGGGACGCCAUUUCUCUAGUGCUAUCCCGAAAUAUUCCUUGAGUCAUUAUUGAAGUAGAUUCUGAAGUAGACGUUCGCCAACUUGAAGGUAGAUGUUGUGAAGACUCAGUAGGAGGGACCUUGCUUCGUGACUACUUUUUUCUGUUGCGUUCUUGUUCCUCUUGUAUAGAAUUUAGCUCGGUCCCGCGGACUGUCAACUGGGCUUCUCAUAGAGUGGCAAGACAAGCUCUGUUGUUGUCCACUGUAGAGAUAGCUUCCUUUGACUUUGUAGGGUGGAUUCACUAGUUGUUGUUUUGGGGGUUUUGGGUAGAGGUUAUAACUAUUUUACCUUGUCACUACUUUUUUUUAGAAAAGGGAGGUUUAACACAAAAGAAACAGAGUCAUGUUACAAGAUUGUCUUUGUCCAGGGGAACAAGCUCCCACUGUAACAAGUAACAGCCCGGUGCAAACAGCCUGAAAUCAAAAGUCGGACCUGCGAGGGAAGCUAACUCCCACCGUAUCCUCUCUUAGUAGUCUCUCAAUCUCUCUUGGUAGUUCGAUUAGUUCAUGUGUGCCAAAGGGAUAGACGAGACUGUGCUUCGAGAGUCAGUCUGCGACUCUAUUCCCUUCCCGGUACGUAUGGACCAAUCGAACUAUCAAAUCUUGCGCUAUAAACCUGAGGAUGGACUUGAUUUUCUCGGCUGGUAAUGAGUUCAAUCGCUAGUUUGGAGUCGGUUUCAAGGAUCAGAAGUCGGACCUUGUCAUUACUUGGAAAAAAAUCUCUUUUAAAGCGCAAGUAAUUAAAUCAUUGGAUUAAUGUUCCUUAGGAGGGUGGACCCUGGAUGCUGGGAGAUACUUACUUGGCAGUACAUCGUUGGUUUAAAGGUUUUAACCCGUGGAAAUCUCAAGUAACGUCGACCCUAGUCUGGGUGCAUUUGCUGGAGAUUCCGGAGGAGUUCUUCAACCGAGAAGAUGUAAUGCAUAUUGCGGAGUUGAUUGGGGACCCAAUCCGAGUUGAUAGAGCUACAGAACUGGGAGCUAGAAUGAAAUAUGCAAUAGUAUGCGUAGAGGUAGACUUGACGAAACCUUUGCUCGGGUGAUAUAAGAUUGAAGGAAAAGAGUAUUUCAUACGCUAUGAGGGACUUGAUAACAUAUGCAGUGAGUGUGGAUCUUAUGGACAAGUGGGGAGGAAGUGUGUUUGCCAGUUAAUAAAUCUGGAGGACGAGGUGAGUGGAGCUGAAGAAGACACGAGGUCACCUAUGGAAGAACAAGCUAAGGGCAGAGUAUUAGGUGAAUGGAUGGUGGUUAAAAAGAGAGACCAAAGAGCUGGUAGGAGGGUGGGUGGAAUGUUUUAUGGGAGUGCCAUGCACGCACGUGAUGGACGUAGACGAGAUGGUGAUCGCAGCAACUAGUUCCAAGUCUUCCAAGACAAGGAAGCUUCUGAUAUGAUACCUGAAAGGGAGGAGCGGGCUGAUAAUGGGGAGAAAAGUAGGGAUCAGCGUAAAGGGGGAAAAGUUCAUAUGAAAUAACAGAGAGCGCAAGAGGUACUAGAUAAUUCCUCGGGGCCACUGACCGGACACAAGAUGGGAGUGACAAGGUGCAGGGGAGGGGGCAGAAUGAGGGUGGAAAGCAUAAGGAGAUGAAUAAUGGGCGAGGGGUUCUCGGCUACCAAAGGCCAUCAUUGGAGCCUCCCUUACAGCAAAUGUGAAGAAGGGAUUAAAAGGAAUGGUUAAGGACGGAAAACAAGGAGGGUUGACAGGGAAGGAGACGACCAAGAGUGAUUGAAAGAUGACAAGUAGCUAGAAGGAUGGGAGCGAACAAGGUGUUAAGAAGGUCACUACAAACAAUGGUGCGGGGAACCUAUCCCCUUCUGGUCAUCAAUGAAAAUCUUAAGCUAUAACUGCCGAAGACUGGGAAACAAGCGAGCAGUUAGAGCUUUCAAGUCGCUCUUGUGACAGGUUUCCCCCAUGUGGUCUUCCUAAUGGAGAUGAAAAAGACAAAGGAGGAGAAUGAAAUCUUGAGGGCUGAGUUGGGAUACGAGAAGAGAGUUGGUCUACGGAUACAUCUAGAGGCAGGAGAGCAGGUGGCUUAUGUUUGUGGAGGAAGGAGGAGUUCAAGCUAACGUUAAUGUUGGAUUCUUUGCACCAUUUGGACAUGAAGGUAGAGGAUGAGCAUGAUGGGGCUUGGCGCCUGACAGGUGUUUAUGGGUGGUCGAAAGAUGGGAAGAAGGAAAGGACUUGGGAGCUAAUCCACUAGUUGGCCACACAAGGGGAGGGCCCAUGGCUAUGCUGCGGAGACCUGAACCAAAUACUGACUAUGGCGGAGAAGAGGGGCGGACAGGUACCAACUGAGGCAGAGAUGACUGCUUUCCGGGAUUGUCUGGUUGGAGAGGACUUGCAUGAUCUGGGCUAUGGUGGAUACGAUUUUACGUGGGAGAAUAAUCGACAAGUAGGUGGUUUCAUCGAGGAACGGUUGGAUCUCUUCAUGGCUUCUGCGGGCUAGAGAGCACUUUUUCAGGAAGCAAGGGUGUUUCCCCUGGAUAAAGAUUGAUUGACCACCGACCUAUUGUUUGUGAUACCCAUGGCGAAGUAGAUGUGGAGCCGCAACGAAGCUGUUCCUUCAAAUUUGAACCGUACUGGACAAAGCAUGAUGAGUGUAGUAAAGUAGUGGAGAAGACGUGGGAGAAACAUAGGUCAGGCAGCACAAUGGAAAAAUUGAGAGGGUGCAGGUUGAGGCUCGAUGAAUGGAGUCGCCGAGUCUUUCCUCGCUUCUUGAAGCAGAGGGAUCGACUGAAGCGGGCCAUGAGGGCUCUGGAUCUGGCGGAGAAGACAAAUAUAGUCAUUCAGCAGAGGAAGCAAUUGCAGUCGAAACUUGAAGAAUUUGAAGACAAUGAAGAACAGUACUGGAAAUAGAGAUCAUAAGCUGAUUGGCUAUGUGAGGGAGACCAAAAUACAAAGGUUUUCCAUAAGAAAGCAAUAGCACGGAAAAAAUGAAACACAAUUGGGAAAUUACAGGAUGUUAGUGGACGAUGCUGGCACUGCAAUGAUAAAGCGAUAGAAUGCUU